AUGGAAGGCGGCGGCUCGAGCAUAUCAGAGCCUUUGGAUACGAAGCCGGCGUUACCGGUAUCACCGCCAGCUCCUCCUUCACGAGCUCCUUCUGUACCACCACCAUCACAAGUACCACCGCCGCCGCCGCCGUCGUCCACGCGGUCCGAAUCGCCCCUCUCCGACUCCAACAAUAUCGACGCCGGUGAGGACUGUCCUCAUCCGUUGUCCCAACGACCGUCUCCACAUCCGCCUCCUGCUAUUGCUCCUGGUCAUCCAGCAGCAGCAGCAACACAGCCGCCGCCACAACAACAACCACCACCGCCGCCGUCGCUGCACCCGUUUCUCCAGUCCCUGAUCCAGCACCAGCACUUGCAGUCCCUUCCGCCGCCGCAGCAGCAGCAAUGGCUCCAAGCCGCCUUGUCCUCGCAAUUGUUCCUCCCACAAUUGCCGCAUCCGUUCCUCAAACUCCGACCGCCAUCCUUGGUCGCACAAGCGCAGGGUGCCGCACAGCUGCCGCCGCCACCACAACUGACGGCGUCGCAUCCUCAGCUUCCUCCGUCCUCGUCAUCGUCGUCUUCGUCAGCGUCGCGUCCUGGCACGAGUGCUGCCCGCCUUGCUGCCGCCGCCAUGGACGCCUCCUGCGUCGUGUGUCGCCGCGUGUUGGACACGUCGGGCUCGGAUUGUCUCGUGUUGGCGGCACUCACGCUGACGGCGUCCAGUGGCACUUUCAGCGAGAAGCUAGAGGACAUUGUAGGCGUCCGUUUGUCGGCCUUGGGUCGAGCUGCCGACCUCAUCUGCAAGCGUUGUAUGGGUCUCGUGAGUCUCGUCGACCGGAUGGAACUCGAGUUGUCGGCGGCCAAGGAGCAAGUCGUUGUCGAAGAACGGGACUUGAAACCGUUUGACGAAAUUGAUGAGGCGGACAUGGACGAGCUGGAUGAUCCGCACGGUGAGGAAAUCAUGGACCUGAGUCGACAGCAGCAAGUGGCGCCCAUUUGUUGCGAGUUUUGCGAAGCGAGCUUUUCCAAGGCGCAUCGCUACGAGUACCACGUGAACAAGACGCAUUUGAAACAGGCCCCGUACGGGUGCAAAGUGUGUGGACGAGGCUUUUUCUCCGACUUGGCACUAGUGGCGCACAUGGCCAAGAGACGCCACUUUGCCUGUGCCGCGGAGCAGUUGUUGCGACUGGAUGACGCCGCGACGGCGGUGUUUGACCCGGGCUCGCAAUUGACUCGUUGGCGGUGCCCGAGUUGCGACGUGAGUUUGAGAAGCAAGCCGGCGUUGCGACUCCACGUGGCGUCGACGCAUGUGCCACCGAGAGGCAAGUACCAGUGUCGACACUGUGGUCUAGGAUUCAUGCAGCUCGCUGCAUUGGAAACACACGUGAAUCGAGAGCAUCUCAAGCAUCCGCCGAUCCCGUGCGACGAUUGCGACCGGGUGUUUUUUUCCGAGGCGGCGUUGGCGGGGCAUAAGGCGGCGUCGAGGCGCCGGUUUGAGUGUCAUGUGUGCAAGCAGGAUUGCGGCUCUCCGCAGGCGUUGCAGGUCCACGCGCAGGCUGUGCACGGAGGUGCGGGUCAGGUCUUGGCCUGUCCCCUGUGCUUCAUGUUAUUUCCGUCCGAGGGCAGUUUGAUGCAGCAUCAGAGGACGGGAUGCGCCGGAUUGGCGGCUGCUGCGAUGACGAUCACGUUUCCGCCGCCGCCGCCAGAUGGACACGGGGGUGGCGGAGGAGGAGGAGGAGGAGGAAGUCUUGGCGGCGGCGGCGGCGGUGGUGGUGCCGGUAUGCUCAUGAGCCCGAUGAAGAGCUUCUUGUGUCGCAGUUGCGGCGAGACGUAUCGCACCAAGGACGCCCUGGACCGGCACCUCUGGCUCGUGCAUUCCAUCAAGGCGGAAAACGUCAUCAUUUAUAGGUGCGACGAGUGCGGGAAGGAGUACACUAAGAAGCAGCGUUACGACACCCACAUGAUGCUGCAUCGAGGGGAGCGGCCGCACCGGUGCCCGUAUUGUAAGUAUGACACCAAUAUCCGCGGGAAUCUCCGACUCCACGUCAAGAACGUUCAUAAGGUCGAGUUGCCGCUGAUGCGUCGCAAGCGAGGUCAGGAUUGA